UGCAAUAGUACCCUACUUUACGGUUGAGCAAACUGUACACUUGUGCAUGCUUUAGUCCAUGUUAUUCCUUUUUUGAUGAGGAAUAAAUACCCUUUUCUUUCUUUCUACAUUUAAGGAUGCCUUUUCAUCUAAUUGAAUUUCAAGCAAGCGAGGACAUUGCUGUUGUGCCAAUUGACUGGUAUGAUGAUGGGAUGGUGUACUGGCCCAACUUUAAGAGCACUGAACGUGUGAAAAGGGCAGCUGCUAACGAGGAGAAGCAUGAGCCAAACUGGCCAAGAUAUGACGUAAAGGUCGUCAGAACUUGUGACAACUACAAAGACGCCGUUAGGCUUAUGAAUCAAUAUCAGACCGGCUGCAACACCUCUGAGCUACAGUCUGAUGCAGAGCAGGAGGCCAUCGUUUCGGGGACUCUGAUGAGAGUGAAGAAGAGCCAGAAAAUGGUGACUUUGCAUCUCUGAGGUCGUCACGACCUUUCAAUUUGCCUGGUGUAUCAGCUGAAGCCUCAAACUCAAGCCAAUUGCACUGGCAGACUCCACCAUCUCGCCGAGUGCCAGGCAGCAGAGUAACUACUCCUCAACCUGGAGAAAACUGUCUAGCACCUGACCAUGGGGCAGGACAGCAACACCCUUCACCACCUCAACUCCCUGCACCCGCAUUUAACAUGCGGAGAGUUACUCAAGGAACGGCAGGCCCUCCACAACUCCCUCCACCCCCCGCACCAGCCCUCAACAUGCGGCGAACAGAGGAGCCCUGUUCAAGCCUGACCUACAGACCAACAUGGCGAGGGGGAAGAAACACUCAACAAGACCAGCUUGUGGCAAGGGUGAACUACCUCAGCAGCAGGCUGAACAGCACCCCGGGGCCAGAUGUUGAGAUGCCCGACAAUAUCCAUUUUCCCCUGGAACAUUUGGAGGCAGUGGAGGCAUUUGAAAUGUUUUUAAAGGAACCGUCAAAUGGCCCAGCUCGACAGAGAGUGAUUUCUUCUUUAGCCACCAUUGGAGGCCAGGAUGUGAAGAGGGUGACCUGGAACAUCCUGGGCAGGCUCUUCACAGAUGAGGUGUCUCCUCAGAUAAACUGGAAGGGUGUUAAUAACAAAAAGCCCUUCAGUAGGAUGGCAACGAAGACCUUGCUUUUCAGUGCUGUGAGGAAAAACACGGUGACACGGUCAGCCACGGACGCGGAGGUCACCAAGCACGCAAUCAGGUGGUUCAACCGGGCGGGGGAUCGGGCAACGAGGAGACGUGUCCCGCCUCCAUCCACACAAACGGAGUAAUAGGAGAAAUAAGCAAUAAACAACCUUUUUAUUGAACUUCUUGUCGUUCACCAGUUAUUCAUUUUCUGAUAUUUUAGCUGUGCAUAGCGCAGCAUUUCAUUGAAGUUGUAGCCUAAUAGAUCAAAUAUUUUGUUUGCACCGACCUAGGCCUA